GUUCAGCAGCUCACAAACCAGUUAUUACGAAUUCAAACUCACACCACGCAUCUUUACAUUAAAGAAACAUUGCUCGCAGAAUUAAGAUGGCGGCUUACACAAUUAUUUCCAGAGUUGAUAAAUAUUUUAGUCGGCGUCUGCUAACAGCGUGGGGUGUCAGCAUCAGCAAACCCUGGGGCAAGCACUGCGGCUGCUUAUUUUCUACUAUAAGUAACGACAAAGCCAAAUUCUUCACUGACCCAGUAGAAGCAGUUAAAGACAUUCCCAAUGGAUCUCAGAUACUUGUAGGAGGAUUUGGUUUAUGUGGAAUCCCUGAAAAUCUAAUAAUCAGUUUACUGAAGACUGGAGUGAAAGGGUUAACAGCAGUUAGCAACAAUGCUGGAGUUGAUAACUUUGGACUAGGAUUACUACUUAAGACCAAACAAAUAAAACGUAUGAUUUCAUCAUAUGUGGGAGAAAAUGCAGAAUUUGAACGGCAGUAUCUGGCAGGGGAGCUGGAGGUAGAGUUAACUCCACAGGGCACACUUGCAGAGAGAAUACGUGCUGGAGGAGCAGGGAUACCUGCCUUUUUUACUGCCACUGGCUAUGGCACACUGAUUCAGGAAGGGGGAUCUCCAAUCAAGUAUAAUAAAGAUGGCAGCAUUGCUGUUAAAAGUGAACCAAGAGAAGUGCGGGAGUUUAAAGGACGUCAUUAUGUUAUGGAAAAAGCUAUAACUGGUGACUUUGCACUAGUGAAAGCAUGGAAAGCUGAUCGUGCAGGAAAUGUGGUAUUCAGAAAAACUGCAAGAAAUUUCAAUCAGCCAAUGUGUAAGGCAGCAAAGGUGACAAUAGUUGAGGUUGAAGAAAUUGUUGAUGUUGGCACUUUUGCACCAGAAGACAUACAUGUACCCAGUAUUUACAUUCAUCGGAUAGUACAGGGACAAAAUUAUGAAAAAAGAAUAGAGAAAAGAACUGUUCGCAAAGCAGAGACAGCAAAGCAAAAGUCAAAGAAUGAGGCUGACUUGGUACGAGAGAGGAUCAUCCGCAGGGCAGCCCUGGAGUUUGAAGAUGGAAUGUAUGCUAAUUUGGGGAUUGGUAUACCCAUGCUGGCCAGCAACUUCAUCAAGCCUGAUAUAACAGUUCACCUUCAGAGUGAAAAUGGCAUUCUAGGACUGGGUCCUUAUCCUACUGAAUCUGAAGUUGAUGCUGACUUGAUUAAUGCUGGCAAAGAGACAGUCACAGUCCUCCCUGGCUCUGCCUUCUUCUCUAGUGAUGAAUCAUUUGCCAUGAUAAGAGGGGGCCACGUCAAUUUAACUAUGCUGGGAGCAAUGCAGGUAUCGAAGUAUGGAGACUUGGCAAACUGGAUGAUUCCUGGUAAAAUGGUAAAAGGAAUGGGUGGCGCUAUGGAUCUGGUUGCCAGUGCAGGAACAAAAGUUGUUGUUACUAUGGAACAUUCAGCUAAGGGUGGCGGACACAAGAUCUUGGAAAAAUGCAACUUGCCAUUGACAGGAAAACAGUGUGUAGAUCGAAUUAUCACAGAGAAGGCUGUCUUUGAUGUAGACAAAGAUAAAGGACUUACCCUUAUUGAAAUAUCUGAAGGACUAAAGGUAGAAGAAAUUAAGAGUUGCACUGGUGCAGACUUUGCCGUGUCCCCCAACCUGAGGCCAAUGCAGCAGAUAUCAGAUUAAGCUAGUCAACAAAACUUGCUUAUGCAGCUCAUCAUCACAUGACAAUAAGGGAAAGGAAAUCUCCUCUAAGCUGCUAUUGGUAAAACACACCGCCAUAUUGCACAGCUCUUGUCAAAGAGGGUCUUUAAAUAAAAAUAAAUAAUAAUAAUAAUACAGGUAAAAAGAAUGGCUGUACAGAAUAUGUUUCUUAGUUAAAAAAGUAUUAUAGAAGUGAAGCUACGUGUGGAUGGUUGUUCAACAUUUUCAAUACAGUUCAGCAAUGUUUUUAUGUUUAUUGUAGUAUUAUUUGUUAUUUAACAACUGAAGCACAAUUAUCAAUAGAACUGUAUUCACCACUAUGUCAUGGGCCUUUUUUAUUUUAUUUUCAGUUUAAAGCCUCAUGCAUCCAUCUUUCCUGUACAUACCAUUGUAUAAUAAAAUGAUUUCCAAUGUUAAA